CCGGGUGCUGUUCGUUCUGCAAGUCGCUGUACCUGUGCAGAUUUGAAUGGUUCUCUGUGUCCUGCACUGAACUCUGCUGUUGGGUGCUGUGAGGGGACCUCAGGGAAGCUCUGAAAUUGAGACAUGGAUGUGGUGACUCAUGAUGAUGUGCAUGUGAACUUCACUGCAGAAGAGUGGAACUUGCUGGAUUUGUCCCAAAAGAAUCUCUACAAAGAUGUGAUGCUGGAGACCUACUGGAACCUCACUGCUAUAGGUUACAGGUGGGAAGGUCAUCAUAUUGAAAAACAACAUCAAAGUUCUGGAAGGCAUGAAAGGUAUGUAAGAAGUCAUAGUGGGGAAAAACCAUAUGAAUGUAAUCAAUGUGUUAAAGCCUAUUCAGAAGAGAGAACUUUAGAAUAUCAUAAAAGAACACAUACUGGAGAGAAACCUUAUGAAUGCGAUCAAUGUGGUAAAGCCUUUUCAUUUCAGAGUGGUCUUCAGUAUCAUAAAAAUACCCAUACUGGACUAAAACCUUAUGGAUGUAAUCAAUGUGGUAAAGCCUUUGCAAGACCCAGUUAUCUCCAUUAUCAUAAAAAAACACAUACUGGAGAGAAACCCUAUGAAUGUAAUCAAUGUGGUAAAGCCUUUGCAAGACCCAGUCAUCUCCUAAUCCAUAAAAAAAUACAUACUGGACAGAAACCUUAUGAAUGUAGUCAAUGUGGUAAAUCCUAUUCAGAAAAGAAAAAUCUCCAGUAUCAUAAAAGAACACAUGCUGGAGAGAAAUCCUAUGAAUGUAAUCAAUGUGGAAAAGCCUUUGCAACACACAGUCAUCUCCAAUAUCAUAAAAGAACACAUACUCGAGAGAAACCUUAUGAAUGUGAUCAGUGUGGUAAAGCCUUUUCUUAUCAGAGUGGUCUCCAGUAUCAUAAAAAUACCCAUACUGGAGAGAAACCUUAUGGAUGUAAUCAAUGUGGUAAAGCCUUUGCAAGACCCAGUUAUCUCAUAAUCCAUAAAAGAAUACAUACAGGAGAGAAACCCUAUGAAUGUAAUCAAUGUGGUAAAGACUUUUCACAUCAUAGUGGUCUCCAGUAUCAUAAAAAUACUCAUACUGGAGAGAGACCUUAUGAAUGUAAUCAAUGUGGUAAAGCCUAUUCAGAAGAGAGAACUCUAGAAUAUCAUAAAAGAACACAUACUGGAGAGAAACCUUAUGAAUGCAAUCAAUGUGGUAAAGCCUUUGCAACACACAGUCAUUUCCAAUAUCAUAAAAGAACACAUACUGGAGAGAAACCUUAUAAAUGUAAUCAAUGUGGUAAAGCCUUUUCAUGUCAGAGUGGUCUCAAGUAUCAUAAAAAUACCCAUACUGGAGAGAAACCUUAUGGAUGUAAUCAAUGUGGUAAAGCCUUUGCAACACCAAGUUGUCUCCUAAGCCAUAAAAGAACACAUACUGGAGAAAAACCUUAUGAGUGUAAUCAAUGUGGUAAAGUCUUUGCAUCUCAAGGUAGUCUCCAAUGUCAUAAAAGAACACAUACUGGAGAGAAACCUUAUGAAUGUAAUCAAUGUGGUAAGGCCUACUCAAAAAAGAGAACUCUAGAAUAUCAUAAAAAUACCCAUACUGGAGAGAAACCUUAUGUAUGUAAUCAAUGUGGUAAAGCAUUUGCAUCAUGCAGUCAUCUUGAAUAUCAUAAAAAAACACAUAAUGGAGAGAAACCUUAUGAAUGUAAUCAAUGUGAUAAAGCCUUUUCACAUCAGAGUGGUCUCCAGUAUCAUAAAAAUACCCAUACUGGGGAGAAACCUUAUGGAUGUAAUCAAUGUGGUAAAGCCUUUGCAAGACCCAGUUGUCUCUUAAGCCAUAAAAGAUCACAUACUGGAGAGAAACCUUAUGAGUGUAAUCAAUGUGGUAAAGCCUUUGCAACAAGCAGUCAUCUACAAUAUCAUAAAAAAACCCAUACCGGUGAGAAACCUUAUGAAUGUAAUCAAUGUGGCAAAGACUUUUCCUGUCACAGUAGUCUCAUAUAUCAUAAAAGAACACAUACAGGAGAGAAACCCUAUAAAUGUACUCAAUGUGGUAAAGCUUUUAGAUGUCACAGUCAUCUACAAAGACAUAAGAACACAUACUGUAGAGAAACUGCAGGAAUGUAUUGA